UAAAACGGCAAAAAUCAUUUGAACGUUUUGGCUUGUCAAUUGGAACAACCACCGGAAAAUCGUAGUUAAGUUCUGCAUCUCCGCCUCCCUUACUCACUUUUCUCACCUAUACAACUACACCAGUGAAAAUAAAUCGAAAAAAAUAAUAAUAAGAUACAAAAUAUUAAUAAAACAAAAGUAAAAAUGAUUCUACUUCGCCGUUGCCAACAUUUGCGACUGCGUCCAUUGAUUCGUCUCUGCUCCGCCGAGCUGAUACAUAAGGAUGGCUUCAUUGAGAAGCUGCGACACAGCUUCGAGGAGGACGUGCGCAGCAAUCUGGUUGUACCCACCUUCAAGCGGGCCAUGCUCUAUCCGGACGAGAUCGCCGUGAAGGAUAUCAACGGGGAAUACACCUAUUUUCAGCUCUAUUUGGUGGCCAAACGUCUGGCCAUACAGAUUUCGAAUAUAUGUGGCAGUGCCUCACUCUCGAAUGUGGCUUACCUUUGUUCGAGCAAUGCCCUCUGGAUAGCCAUCCAAUGGAGCUGCUGGAUUUCUGGUCAGGUGGCUGUGCCCCUGGAAUGUGGACAACCCAUUGAGCACCUGCGUUCACAGGCCACAGGAUGCAAGGCCAAGCUACUGAUAGCCACACCCGAAUUCGAAGAAAUGGCCCAAGAAAUCUCACUGGGCCUCCAGUCAGCCACUAUAGUCCUGAAUCAUAGCUUUGUGCCACCGGCGGAGAGUGUAUCCUCCACAUCGAUGUAUGUGAAGCAACUGGUGAGCACCCAGGGUGACCUCCUCACCGAGGGCACACUGCCGAGUGACUUUUAUGCCGGUGCACCGGCCAUGCUAGUUCACACACCAAAUUCAGUGAAUAAACCGAAGGCAGUGCUGCUCUCCCAUCGCAAUAUCGAUGCCCAUAUCCGUUGCCUCAUCGACAGUUGGCAUCUAUCGUCCUCGGACUGCCUGCUACCAAUUCUCUCGUUAAAUCGCAUGAAUGCCGCCGUCGGAGGGAUCCUCAGUGUGGGCGGAACCGUGAUCCUGCAGCAGAAAUUCGAUUGUCACAAUGCCUGGAGUGCCCUCCUGGGCAUUAAUAGUCCCACCAAGCAGCGUGUCACCAUCUUCCUGGCCAUGCCCAUUGUAUACAAGCGUCUAAUUGCGGAAUAUGACAAGAUGUUUGCCAAGGAUUCACGAAUGGUGGAAUACAUUUUGAAUCAUUGCCGGCAAAGGAUUCGUCUGAUGGCUACCGGUUAUGCCUUGCUACCGGAUUCAGUGUUCCAGCGUUGGCGUGAGAUUACGGGUCAGAAUAUAUACGAAUACUAUGGCAUGGUGGAAACGGGCCUCGUUUUGGGUCAUCCCUUGGAAGAUCCAAUAGGUGCCAGUAAUGGCAACACAUCAUCAACAACAGCAACCACAACGUCACCAACUCCAAAUCCGAAUGUAACUUCAGAGAAAGUGGACUAUCGUCCGGGCACACUGGGUGCACCACUCAAGGGCGUGACCGCUCGGCUAAUUAGCAGCAAGGGCACAGAGCUAAUUACCUGCAAAAAUGAACUUGGCGGCAAUGUGGAUCAUGGUCUCAUCCAAUCGGAUAUGGAUUUAGGCAGCGAUCUGCCCAUCUCGCAGACUGUCAUCGGUGAACUUCAGAUAGCCAAGUCAGAUAUGGUAUCCCAAUCUCUGGGCGGUGGGAUUAAUGGCCGUCAAAUCGAUCCGGAAGCAAUUGGGUGUAAAGUGGAGGAGACACCCGAUGGUUUCGUCAAGACUGGCGAUAUUUGUGCCUAUCAGAAUGGGAAUUUUUAUUUCCUAAGCAAGAUAAGCGAUGUCUUCACCGUGGGCGGUUACAAAGUCUAUGGUUCAGAGAUCAAGAAGGUAUUGAUCUCACAUCCAUCCAUUAACGAUGUUGCCGUCCUGGGAAUACCCAACAAGGUGUGGGGUCAUCGUCUUGGCGUCAUUUGCAUUGUCUCUCCGGAUGCUGAUAUUGAUUUGGAUGCCAUUAAGACCUAUUGCUAUCGCCAUUUACCAGCCCACAAGUGUCCCACGGUUUUCAAGACCCUGAUUUCGAAAUAGAAUGGGUCUAUCCUUAACAUAUCCUUAUCCAUAGUGUUAUCAUAAGUUCAAAUCAUGUCUCCCUCGCCUGGGCCACAACAAAUUUAUGUGAAAUUACGUGCGACAUUCACCCCACAGCUAUCGUUUUUGUAACAUAAUAAAAAUAUUAAUUUUGCAAACACUA